AUAUUUUACAAACUGACCAAUGACGUACCCGGAUCUCGAGUGGGGGUCGCUACACCGUCGUUAUCGAAAACAAUAUAACUCAUGAAUAAAUAGCCAUUUCUGCUGCUUUGCGUGUGGUGCGAAUUUUGUGGAAAGUGUGCUGUUUUAUUGAUAUAUUUGUUAGAAGUGAGUUUUAAUUUGUGAUAUACUUCUAUGAAUCUCUUAUUACAAGUGUAAGAAGUUAUUAAUUGCAAAAUCGGUUUCUUUUAACAAUAACAAACGGCGUUGUUAACCUGUUUAUUAACAGUGACGGAUGGAAGGCCUUGCACAUUCUGCAGAGUCCUCCCAUGGCGGUAAAUUCAAGUUUGAAAUAUUUCUAAUGUAUCAUGUAAGUAUAUUGUGAAUUGUUAACGUGAGAUGGGUAGUCCCAAAGAAGAAGUUAUUGCUUCUGAAAGCAAUUGUGAAGUAAAAAGUGCAGAAAAUGAAGCAGUUGGUGAAAUAUCGGACAGUGAAGUGGCUACGGCCACGGAUUCUUCGGUAAAUAUUUCUGCGAAUCAGUCAGUGUGUGAAUCGAACACUUCGAAAGAUGGAGAUAUUUCUGUUGGUGCCGGAAAGAAGGGCAAGAAAAAGUCUCGUCAUGGAAAGAAGGGCUACUUGCCUUCGAAAGAUAACUCCGACCGAAGCACGGUGCGCAGAGUGCACUACGCGGGCACUAAGUUCAAGCAAGGCAGGAAAAGAGCACAAAGUUUUCCUUCCAUAUCAAAGUUCUUUCUUCCAUACAAAAGACCUCGAAAGGACGCGUUCAUUCCCCCCACAAAGUUUCUUUUAGGAGGUAAUAUAUCAGAUCCUUUGAAUCUUAAUAGUUUGCAAGAUGAAGACAUUAACAGGGCAAUGAAUGCAGUUACUCCAGAAUCUUCUCCUCUGCCCACACCGCCUCGGCACAAGGCUAAAAUAGAUGUCAUUAUUCCGCCUAAUAUUAGAGAUCCUUUGAAUCUUUUGGAACCACUGGACAAUGAAGAGUAUGAAAAACGUCUUGAAAUGCAACAGCGCAAGCCACGCAAGAAGCCCCGUUUGCGGCGGAGAACUACUGAAUGCUCAGAUAACGCUCAAGUAGUUGAAAAGGUUGCGGAAGUGACAGCAGAUGGUAUCAAGGAGCCUCUUCCGACUGAACCAUCUACGUCAGCAUCAAAACCUAUAUCAACAGCAGCUUCUAAAGCAAGAAAGAGGUCUUGCAGUGAGAGUGAAAAUUCUCAGAAGGGCAAGGAUGCCAAAAAGUUGCGCCGCAUGGAUUCUUUGGAUAAAAUAGUCAGUCCUGUGGUACCACAGCCGGGGACAUGGAAGCGCGUCAGGCCGCACCAGCGGCCGGCGCCGUCCGAACGCCCCAUCUCACCGCACAAACAGAGUAAAGCUGAAGGAGAACAUAAGCUGCCCACAUUUCACCCAAAAAAUACAAAAUACCAGUAUGGAAACUAUGACAGGUACUACGGUUACCGUAACCUGAACGCGAUGAUGGACGUCCGCCUGCAAGUGUUCGAAAUGCACCGCCACCUAUUCCAGAAUAAGGAUGUGUUGGACAUCGGCUGCAACGUCGGACACGUGUCCAUAGCAGUCGCGCGCACGCUGGGCGCCCGCUCCGUCGUCGGGAUCGACAUAGAUCCAGUACUUAUUGGUCGAGCGAGAAAAAAUCUAAAAUCAUUCGUACCCGUUCCCACGGAGCCAAAGACGGAAGACGAUAAGAAAGCGGAAAUCGACGACGAUAAAAAGGAUUGUGACAAAUGUACCGAAGAGAAAUGUACAGAUUGUACCGCGUCAGCCCCAAAAGCAGCCGGGGAAGAGAAAAAUGGGGAAGACAAGAAGGAAGGGAAGAACACGAGAAAAGUGAAGAAGCCUCGUAAGAACAGGAAGGCGGGGAAACAGGAGCAGCGGGGGUACUUCCCGAUGUCUAUGUCCAUGCUCUAUGGGCCGUUGUGUAGCGCCUCCUUGGAGCCGACACCGUCGGCCUUUCCGCAUAAUGUUACCUUUAAACAGGGCAACUACGUCCCGCGCGAAGACACGCCGCCGCCGCUGGGCCCGGAGAGUCCGCAGUUCGACCUGAUCCUGUGCCUGUCCACCACCAAGUGGCUGCACCUGAAUUGGGGCGACGCGGGGCUCAAGCGCGCCUUCCGCCGCAUGUUCGCCGACCUGCGCCCCGGCGGGAAACUCGUCGUCGAGGCGCAGAACUGGGCGAGCUAUAAGCGAAAGAAGCGCUUGACGCAAACCAUCUACGAGAACUUCAACGCGAUCGAGAUGACGCCGCAGAAGUUCCGCGAGUACCUGCUGUCGCCCGAGGUCGGGUUCAGCAAGUGCGCCGUGCUCGGCGUGCCGCAGCACGCCAGCAAGGGCUUCCGCCGCCCCAUACACCUCUACAGCAAGGGCGAUUUCACGCCCAGCAAGGCGCGCUGGUCGGACGCGUACGCGCCGUCGUCCGCGCACCGGCCGGAGGCUGGGCCGGCGCGGCGCACGGUGUACGCGCCGGUGGCGCCCGCCUACCGGCCCAGCGACGACGCGCCCUCCGUGGGCGCGGCCACGCCCUUCUCGCCCAACCUCGACUGCUGCGCCGACGACUCGCCCUUCUACAACCCGCGCAGCGACUCGUACGCGCCGUCCUACCAGCCGCCGCGGCCCACCGUGUACGCCACGCUGCCGUCGCCGCUGCCCAGCGCCGAGCCGCGCGCCGAGCCCGGCGCCGAGCCCGAGCCGGCGCCCGACCCCGCCUGCGCGAGGGGCUUCCCCGAGCCCGCGCCCGCCCGGGACGGCUCCGCGGUCGACGGUCCACAACCCUCCCGAUAA